UGAGCGAUAAUUAUUAUUAGUGAAACUUUAAUUUAAUGACGAUAAAUCUGUUUUUGGCAAACAGCGUAAUAUGUGAAUUAUUAACUAUUAAAAUUUAAGUGACAGUUGAAAUACAUCAAAUCAGUGACAAACAUCAUCGUGCGUUUACGAGCAAUUCGACGAAAAUGACAAGAAUGUAUUUGUAAACGUGUUUCAAGGAAAAUACUUGUUUUUUAAAAUGAAACGUUUUUCGUUUUAUUGUGCAUUUUAUUAGCGCAAGAAUAUAAGGAUAAUUGGUGAGAUCAAGAAAUCAUAAAGAAAGGCAUUAAAAGAAUUUGCUUUGGACAUGCGUUGGACGAAGAUAACAUGAGGUUCUCGUGUUUCCCGAGGGCCAACAUCCUCGGGCAGAGGGGUAGCAUUAAUCUCACCCCUCUGCCGGGCUAUGAGGAUUCUACUAGCUUCACCAUAGGCGUUAUCCGUCCGUUACCUGGAACCUUCCCCUCGUUAACUAUAAAUGGCACUAUAAAUGGACCAUCAUCAUCCACGUCAUCCACAUCACUCACGAAAAUCACCGAGUCAUCGUCAUCGUCAUCUGAAGUCAAUCAUAUCAAUCAUCAAUUAUCUAUUCCACAUCAAGAACAUUCCGGAUUAGAAGAUACAGCUGCCAUGAACAAUGGCGAACAACAUACGAAUAAUCCAAGGGGUGGCGUCAUCGGAAGGACGCCGACUCCACCUUCAGCACCGACGCCUGUAUACGAAAAGGAUGCCAGGAGUGCGAGGCAAAUUAAAAGAGCCAUUUUGGAAAAUGAAUUUCUAGGUAAUCUUGAAGAAAAUCAGGUGGAAGCACUCGUUUCCGCUAUGUAUCCCAAACAAAUUCCUGCUAAUACUAUGGUCAUCCGAGAAGGCGAUAUAGGUUCCCACUUGUACGUAUCAGCAGAGGGAGAUUUCGACAUUUACGAAGGGAAUAAAUUUCAAAGAACUUUCGGACCAGGAGUCGCAUUUGGAGAGAUCGCCCUAUUGUAUAAUACAAAAAGACUUCGAUCUAUUAGCGUAAAGAAACCUGGGAAAGUAUGGGUGCUUGACAGAUCAGUAUUUCUAACUAUAAUGAUGAAAACAGCUCAGGAACAAUUAGAAGGCAACAUUCGCUUUCUCCAACGAGUUUCCGUUCUCCAAAAACUUCCUGAACCUAAGGACCACGUGCUCGCGAAGAUAUCCGAUCUCAUAAGAAUAGAAUUUUUUCCAGCUGGAGCAAAAAUAUUGCGACAGGGCGAGAAAGGUGAAAAAUUUUAUAUAAUCAGCGGAGGAAACGUACGAAUCACCAAGUAUACCGAAUACGGAGGCGAGGAGGAACUGGUGGUCCUCAGCAAAGGAGAUUAUUUCGGCGAAUUGGCUCUCUACGACGACGAGGGAGAACGACGUGCCAACGCGAUUGCACUUGCACCUGGUGUCGAAUGUUUGACAUUGGACAGAACGUCAUUUCUGAACUACCUGGGUAGUCUGGACGAGAUUCGCAACAAGGACUGGUUGGCGGAAUACGAGAAGCAAAAGCGUUCGUUGACACCAAAGAAGUGGACCAAUGAGUAUGCGAGUUUAACCUUGGUCGACCUUGAAAUGAAGGGAACUUUAGGAGUGGGUGGAUUUGGUCGUGUUGAAUUGGUCACGCUCAGAUCUGACCCGAAUAAGAGCUUCGCUCUAAAGAAACUCAAGAAGAAGGCCAUGGUCGAGCAGCAACAGCAAGAGCACGUAUUGAACGAGAAGCACAUUAUGCAAGCAUGCGAUUCACCUUUCAUAUGCAAGCUUUAUCAAACAUAUAAGGAUAACAAGUACGUAUAUUUCCUCAUGGAAGUAUGUCUCGGCGGAGACGUCUGGACUACCCUCCAGAGGAGACGUUAUUUCGACGAUGCCACUGCGCAAUUUAUGGUCGGCUGCGUAGUCGAAGCUCUCGAUCAUCUUCAUUCGCUAAAUAUCGUUUAUCGAGAUCUCAAACCAGAGAAUCUUAUGCUCGACACGCGCGGCUACUUGAAGCUGGUGGACUUUGGAUUCAGUAAAAAAAUUGGUCCAGCUAAAACGUGGACGUUUGCGGGCACGCCCGAGUAUGUUGCACCCGAAAUUAUCUUGAAUAAAGGACACGACAGAGCGGUGGAUUAUUGGGCCCUUGGUAUUCUAACGCACGAACUUCUCGUUGGUAAACCGCCCUUCCGAGGAUCCGAUCAUAUGACGACUUACAAUAAAAUCCUGAAAGGUAUCGAGAUGGUUGGUAUUCCGAAUAUCGUUAAUAAACAUGCUAAUAAUCUUAUCAAGAAGCUGCUCCGUAUGAAUGCCUCGGAACGAUUAGGUUUCCAACGAAAUGGAAUACAGGAUAUUCGCGAUCAUAAAUGGUUUUCCGGAUUCAAUUGGCAAGCGCUUCAAAGAUUAGCUCUACCGGCUCCAAUUGUGCCUACGGUGCGACAUCAACUUGAUACGCGUAACUUUGAAAAAUAUCCAGCUGAUCGCGAUAUUCCUCCGGAUGAGUUUUCCGGUUGGGACAUCGACUUCUGA